CUCCAGUAAAGCAAGACUAGCAAGUUUUAAGGAGAGUAAACGAAACUGUCGUGAAAAGAAAAACGAAACCCAGCUCACAUUUAUACUCGCACGAUGUGCUCUUCCUCUAAAUCUGUGCAGGACAUUUCUCCUGGACCAACAACAAUGACCUCAAAGUCUUGGUCCUUAUCUUUCUCUUCAAUACUAUUGGUGCUUUGUAUAAUUGUUGCAGCUGUUUCAAUAGGGAUUCAGAUCUUCAAGCAAGAAAAACAGGAUUUGGAUGAUAUAGUGCAUCAUCCAGGCGAUUUGCUCCGGAUUCUUUUGGUUGGAAAAACAGGUGUGGGGAAAAGUGCAACUGGCAACACCAUCCUGGGAAAAAAGGUUUUUAAAUCAGAGAUAUCACCCUCCUCUGUGACUGGACAAUGUGAAAAAUUUUAUGCAAUAAUUAACGGUAGAAAAGUAUCCGUCAUUGACUCUCCAGGUCUGUUUGACACUAGCCUAACUGCAAAAGAAGUCAUCGACAGAGUUAAACUCUGUAUUCCUCUCUCUGCUCCUGGUCCACAUGUCUUCUUAGUUGUGAUUCAGCUGGGCAGAUUCACAGAUGAAGAGGCAGCAGCUGUUAGAACCAUCCAAGCAAUUUUUGGUGAGGAAUCCUCCAAUUACAUCAUGGUACUGUUCACUCAUGGAGAUCGACUGGAGGACAAAAACAUUCACACAUUUGUGCGGGACAACCCAAAACUGCUCAGUUUCAUUAAAACAUGCAGCGGACGAUACCAUGUGUUCAACAAUCAAGAACAAAAUCCUGAACAAGUCAAUCAGUUGCUUGACGAGAUUGAUAAAAUGGUCACUGGGAACGGUGGUCAACAUUACACCAGUGAGAUGCUUGAAAGGGUAGAGAGAGCAAUUGAGGAUGAAAAACAACGUAUCCUGAAGGAGACUGAGGAGAAGAGACUAAAGGAGAUAGAAGCUCUGAGGGCUACACUUGAAGAUGAGGCCUAUGAUAAAGCAUUAAAAAAGUUAAACAAAAGAUUUGACCAGCUGGCAAGAUGGCAAGCAGAGAUUGAUCUUCCAUUCUUAAUCCAAGUGGUCAGUUCUUUGAUUAAAACAUUAAGCAAAUUCUUAUUUUGAUCACCUUCUGAUGUGACCCAUGUGAAAACUGUCUACCGAAAAAACUUAAUUAACUGCAGAAGGCAUUUAAAAUCUCAUCAUUUAUAGUUUAUAUUUAAAGUUAAAGGUGCACAAAGUGAUUUUUGCCAAACAAUGUUGAUAUUUGAAAGCACCAAAACAAACACCCCCAUACCCCAACAGGACCUUGCCCUUAAUUUGAAAUCUCUGGCCCACACGUACGUACACAACCAUGGCAACGACAAUCACAGGAACAAGUGAAGAUGACACACAAGCAUAUUCAAACAAAAGCCAACACGGAUAUGUUGUGUGAAACGAAGCAAAAUCAACGUUACUCACCUAUCAAGAAGAAACAACGUAACCUCGUUGUCCUAUUCCAGGCCUUCCCUCUCCUUGAGUCCUCUCCACUGCUGGAAAGCUGCUCCGAUAUUUACGGGGGUCCUACCUCUUGCCUGAUAUUAAGCCUUCUUUUUAAUGCUUUGUUUCUCUGAUAUUUUCCUCUUUUUUUAACCUGCCAUCUCUCUUUAUCUAUAGUCAGACUGCUAAUAUCCGUCCUGUGCACUCAAAUUGAGCACUCUCUUCUUUCUAUUCUUAAGGCACGCCCCCUUACUGCUGAUUGGCUACAAGUGUGUUUUGCGACUCGGGCGACGCUGUGGUCAAAAGCGUUUUUCAAAAAUCAUUUAGUGCACCUUUAACUAGUCAAGUUUUUAAUAAAUAGAAUUUAAGCACAUUUACAUUCUAUUCUGGUGAAAGGGAUAUAUGAAAGUUCAACUACAUGUGAAAGUUCAAUUACAUGUGACAUAUGAAAGUUCAAUAAAUACAGUUUUUAAGUCAGACAACUGAGAUAGAGUUAAACAAAGAUAUGUGCACAUAGAGUAAAUGAUGAAUAAUAGUUUACUGUAAAUACAGUUUGAAAAACAAGAUAAAUUUGACAUUUGCAUGGAUUAUGGUUUUGCAAGAUACUAGGACACCAGUCUAUUGUAACUCUAAAAUGCAACAUUAUUUCAUGUAAUUGAAACUUACAUUUACACUAAUAAAACAAACCAUAAACAGUAAAGUAAUAUUUAUUUGUCAUUUGACUGAGCACACUCACACCCUAGAGGUAUUUCGUUCUGCAUGGAGAGAAAAUAUAUCAAUCUCCAGAAAGGCCUUAAAGGGAUAGUUCACCCAAAAAUGAAAAUUACCCCAUGCGUCCAUC